AUGAGAAUCAAGGACUCUGAUAGGAAGCCAGUACUAAGCAAAGAAUGGGAAGCUGAUUGGUGGAAUGAGUGCAUAGAGCAACUCUAUAAGAGGUAUGUUUCAGGUGAGGUUACGAAAGUGGAGACAAAGUCAGAGGGAGGCAGCUUUACAAGCAACCAGGGUGCUCUGCUGGAACCAGACGAGGGCGCCGACGUGACUCUGGUGGUUGGCGACUCAGAGCUGCCGGCUCACAGUCGGGUCCUGGCAGCGAGGAGCCCCGUCUUUGCAGCCAUGUUGCGGAACGACAUGCGAGAGGCCCGCAGCCGCCGUAUCGAAGUGGCUGACGUGCGGGAGGCCGUCUUGCGGCAGCUGCUGCUGUUCGUCUACACUGACACGGCUCCGGAGCUGCCGAGUGUAGCGGCCGAGCUGCUGGCAGCCGCCGACAAGUACGACCUGCCGGCACUCAGGGAGAGGUGCGAGCAGCAGGUGGCGCGCGACCUGAGCGUGGAGAACGCCGCAGCCGCUGCGGGCCUGGCCGUGCUGCACCGCUGCGCGGCACUGAGGGGCGCUGCCGUGCAGUUCAUAGCGGGGCACCCCGAGGUGCUGGCCACCGGCGGCUGGGCGCGGCUGCUGAUCGUGACUGAGGAGCAGAAACAGAUACUGGCUGGGAGGCUGAUCAUUGCUGCAUCACAGGGUCAGACCAGCGAAGUGCGGGCACUCCUGGAUGCGGGGUCGCCAGUCAACGCGACAGACGCCAGUGGCGACACUGCCCUGCAUGAAGCAGUGAUGAAUGGCCACGAAGAAACUGUCAAGUGCCUGAUUGAUGCUGGGGCAGAUGUCAACGUCAGAGACUCGGAUGGGAUGACGCCUCUGCACUGGGCUGCAUGUAGAGGUGGCGAGCAGCACAUUGUAUGGAUGCUACUGGCGGCAUCAGCGUGUGUAGAUGUCCAGGACGAUGCAGGGGAGACUCCACUCCAUGUGGCUGCCAGAUGGGGGUGUGCAUAUGCAGCAAAGGCACUUAUGCUGGCUGGUGCAAGGAGGGACAUAAGGGAUAACAGUGGGCAGACACCUGCAGAUGUGGCAGAAGCAGACACAGUACAACUAUUUAGCACUGAACAAAUCUUCCUCUCUUGCAGUGGAGUUGCCAGAAGAAGGCACCACAGCCAGCAGCACAUAGGGGGAAGCAGUUCGCUCCACAUCACAGCAUCAGACAGCCAUCACAGAAUACGUUCCCAAAAGGAUGGGACAGAUUCAAAAGAAGAAGCAUAUGCAGAAGCAAAUGAGAAAGUACAACAAAAGCUGCAAGGCAUAAAGACAAUCUGUCUAACAACAGAUUGCUGGACAUCAGCUUCUAAUGAAAGUUACAUGGCUGUGACUGGACAUUUCAUAAAUGAACAAUUCAGAUUACAGUCUGUACUGCUGGAAUGCAGUCAUUUCAGUGGUGCCCGUACCAGCUCAAAUUUGUCCACAGCUUUGAUUAAAAUUACAGACAAAUUUAGCCUUGGUGGCAAAAUUUUAAUGGUGGUCACGGACAAUGCACCAAAUAUAAAAAAUGCUAUUUCCACCAUUCUCAAGUGGAAACAUUUUGGUUGUUAUGCUCACACUCUUAAUUUAGUUGUGCAGGAUGCACUUAAAAAUGUUCAGGAAGUUCACCAGAAAGUCAAGACAAUUGUAGGUUUUUUUAAAAGGAGCAGCAGUGCAACAGAGCGGCUCUUAACAUGUCAACAGAACAGUGGCAAAGGAAACAUCAAGAAAUUGAUCCAGCACUUGCCCACAAGGUGGAAUUCAGCCCUGUUCAUGUUGGAACGUAUUGUCGAAUUGUCAGAGGCAGUGAAAAUUACAGUUGCCCUUUGUAACAGGCCCACAGAUCUUCCGUCACUGUCAAAUGAGUGGGAAAUCUGCUCCGAACUCUGUUCAAUUUUGAAACGGUUUGAGCAGGUUUCGAGGCAGCUCAGUGCAGAGGAGUACCCAACUGGCAGCUUGGUUAUAGUCCUGACACGUGGACUUCUGGCAGUAUGUGACGAAAUAGCCAAAAUGCAGUUACAUGAAGUUUCAAUGAAAGUUGUUGAGGCACUAAAAGAAGGGCUUACAAACCGGUUUUCGAAUCUUGAGCAGAGCAAGUCCAUUGCCCUUGCUACACUGCUGGAUCCACGUUUCAAAUUGCUGGCAUUUCAGAACCAGGCAGCAGCAGACAACACAAAGAAACAAUUAAUUAAUAUUGUUGCCCAGAAACUGGAAAAAUGUAGGCCAGUAGGUAUUCAGCCUUCACAAUCUGUUGAGCCAAAUAAUUUGGCAACUGAGUCCUUAUCUGUGUGGGGCAUAUUUGAUAAGUUAGUGAAACAUGCACAGCCACAGGGCACAGUACAGUCAUGUGCUAUUGUAGAGGUUCAAAGGUACAUUGACAGCUCAGUCAUCAGUAGAAAUGAGGAUCCUCUGGCAUGGUGGAGACAAAAUCAGUACAUAUACCUAACCAUUGCAAAAGUAGUGAAAGAGAGGUUCAAUGUUGUAGCAACUUCUGUGCCUUGUGAGAGGGUCUUCUCAAAAACUGGACAUUUCAUAAAUGACAGAAGAACCCGCCUCAAGCCAUCGAAUAUAGAAAAACUAAUAUUUCUGAAUGCCAAUGGUACCUGUGAUUAG